AUGAAGUCCAGGACACAACUGAAAUGUCAAAACUGUCAUCUUCCUUUGCAAAUAGAAUCUUCGUUAUUAGAUUUGAGUUUAUCUCAAAGGAAUCUAUUGAUGAAUAAUUCCAAGUUGGAUAAUUCCAUAAUAGAGGACCAAACCAAUUACUAUACAUCUCAGGAUAAAUUAGAUCAAGUGAGAAAGAUACAACCUAUUGAUACCAUCAAUGAACAAUUGAAAAAAUCCAAUACAACCAUCGUUGACCCGCAAGCUCAAUCAGUAAAGAACAAGAACGAAUCCGUCACACAUACCAUCGAGGAGACCAGAUCCAAUAGAAUCGAUAACGAAAAUAAUGAUAGUGACGAGACUGAUUUGAAGGGAAGUAAUGAGUAUACCACAGAAAAGACUUUAUCGAAUCAGAUAACUACCUUAACCAACGUAUUCAAUAUUCUGUCGGCAAGAAGUUAUAUAGACUAUCCUGUAUGUCAGGAUUGUUGUAAUAUACUAAUUUCAAAGUUGAAAAACGAUUAUAACAAUGCAUUGAAACAGAAAGAAUUAUACAGAGAUUUUCUUAAUAAGUUAGAGAGCCACCAUACUCCAAAUACUUCUGAAGGUGAAGAUUCUAUAAGCAAUGAUAAUUUCGAUGAAAUAAGUUCACAACAAGAAAGAGAUCGUCUAUUAAACGAAUUAAUACAAUUAGAAGAUGAAAAUGAUGAAUUAGAUAUAGAGUUAUUAGAAUUACAACAGAAACUAAACAAGCAAAAACAAAUACAUGACGAUUUUAUCCAAGAGGAGAAUAUAGCAGAUUUAAACAAUAUUGAGUUUCUGAAAGAAAUGCAAUUAUUGGAGAAUCAAUAUAAUUAUGCAUUGAACAAUUUAGAUCAAUUGCGAAGAACAAACAUAUACAAUGAAACAUUCAAGAUAUCACACCAGGGUCCCUUUGGAACAAUAAAUGAUUUACGACUUGGUAGUUACUCUGACUGUCCUGUCUCUUGGAAAGAAAUAAAUGCAGCCCUGGGACAAAUUGUAUUGUUAUUAGCAACGAUCACUACCCGAUUAAAAAUCAAAGUUAAAGGUUAUAAAUUGAAACCUUUGGGGUCCCUAUCAAAGAUAUCAAAACAUAACAACGAUACCAAUGAAUGGAUAGAAUAUGAAACAUACAAUAACGAUAAUUUCAAGUUUAGUAAGCUCUUCCGAAAGGAAACAAACCUGGAUAAAGCGUUGGUCUGUUUAAUAGAUAUAAUACAACAAGUGACAUCAAUGGUUGUAAACCAAACAUCAUUACCAUCAGAUGGUCACAACGGUAUACCUACUGACACUAUAUCUGAUAACUAUACCGCAACGGCGUCCUUCAGUAGAAGUUCCACAAUCAAUAAUAAUAAUAAUAAUAAUAAUAAUAAUAAUAAUAAUAAUAGUAAUAAUGGCAAAGAAUUACCAUAUGAUAUGUUACAAGGUAACGUCAAUGGAAUAUCCAUCAAAUUGUAUGGCUCCGAACCUACUAUACAAUGGACUACGGGGAUGAAAUGCUUACUGACAAAUGUGAAAUGGCUAUUAGCAUACUCAUCUGCCCAUCUCCAAUCUGCAUCUGCACCAUCGAGUGUAAUCGAUUGA